CUCCCCGGCUCGCUGGCUGGGGCGCCAUUACCCGCCCGCAGGGGAAGCGGCUCGCUUCCUCCCGUGUCUACCCCGCAGCCGCAGGGCAGGGGCUUCCUCCCCGCUCUCGGAGUCUGCCGGCACCCGCCACCCGAGCGCUCGUCCCGCGCCGGGCUGGCGUCGCGCGGCUGCGUUCUGUGCGGGCUGGGCCGGAGCGCGGCACGGAGGUGGCCUUGGGCCCCUGUUGCUCCCUCCCCCGGGAGCGGGCUCUUGGCUCACCCCGGCUGCUCCUGCCUUAGGAGCUGUCACGCCACGGGCCGCCCUGGGAAAGGCUCCUGAGUCACGAGUCCCGGUGACUGUCAGUGAGACGCAGGCUACGGCUGCACUGGAAGCACUGCAGCAGCCCAGCUUUGUGCAGCGAGGGUUGCCCCCUUUCUGAUUACUGGUAACGGGAUUCCCGAGACCCUGCCCUGCCUCUAUACUUUGCUCCCUCCCCUCCCAGCUGGGUUUCCUCUGCUUCCGGGCGGGGAUGGGAGCUGCUGUAGCCUGCCGGUAGGGGGAAUCCUUGACUGAGGAGGGGCUGGCGUGGAUUAAUUAUCUGGAUCCUACCCCGGCCCUCCAGUAGCUGGACUUUUGGUGUCCAGUCAGUACAUCUGACCGGACACUGCAAGGUCCCCUUUUCCACAGGGCUUUCCAGUUAAAAACCAGGCACUUAGCAACCCUAAAUUGCACUUGGACACAGAAGCCAAAACCUGGACAGGUGGCAACCCUAAGUGCAGACACUACAGCAAGAGGAGGGGUUCUUCCAUAGCCGCAGGAAAUCCUCUCCGAGAGCCAGCAGCUAGGUCAGUGGAAGAAUUCUUCCAGUGCCCCAGCUGUGUCUAACUACAUCACACAGGGCAUGACAUUGUUCACAGCUCUGAGUGGUGUAGUUAUGCUGACUUGACAUUGUACUGCAGACCAGGCCUAGUGCUCCUCAGUGCCCAAGUCACCUCUCAAAAUGGAACUUAGGUUCCCAAGUCACUUAGCCAUUUUUGAAAAUUUUACCCCAGGUCUCUUAUAUGCUGUACUCUAGGUGUGGCAUCUUGGUGACUCUGUGCCUCCCACUUGCUCAGAAGGACCAUACAGAGGUGGCUAAAGCAAAAAAUAGGGAGUAUGGACUCCUGGUUUUUGUCCUUAGCUUUGCCACCCAUUUGUGAGUCUUUAAAAGAAGUCUCUUAGUACUUCUGUACCUUAGUCUUCCCAUCUGCAAAAUGGGAUUACACUGAUUUACCAUGUGGGUGCUGGGAUGCUUAAUUUACUGUUAAUAAAACAGAAAAGGACUUGCUGUGUUGCUGUAAUAUAUAGGAUCGUCAAUCAAAGAUCAAGGCACUGUAUAUUCCCCCUCCCUUUCCCCACCUCCCAAAAAUAGUCCCUUCCCCAAAGAGUUUACAGUGGUUAUGAGAAGCUGGAAUAGAUGGAUGAGACAGUCAGGUUGCUGUGCUCAUUGUUCAUCCCUGGAUUGUUCCUAAGUGGAGCUUUAUGUCUCUGUUUGGUUGUACUACUGUGGGGAAUACGGCUGUGGCUACAACAAAGGAAAAAUCAGUUGGCCUCAACAGGAAAAGAUGGGAAACAUCAAUUGGUUGUUGCAUUUUUCCAUCCAUAUUGCAAUGCAGGUGGUGGAGGGGAGAGAGUCUUGUGGUGUGCCAUAAGAGCACUGCAGAAAAAGUACAAAGAUGCAAUAUAUGUUGUCUAUACUGGCGAUAAAGAUGUCACUGGAGAACAGAUUGUAGAAAGUGCUUUCAGAAGAUUCAACAUCAAAUUAACUCAUCCUGUGAAGUUUGUGUUUCUAGAAAAACGUUACCUUGUAGAGGCCUCUCUUUACCCCCACUUCACUUUGCUGGGUCAAAGCUUAGGAUCUGUGUUUCUUGGUUGGGAAGCUCUUAUGAAGUGUGUUCCUGAUGUUUACAUUGACUCAAUGGGUUAUGCCUUCACAUUGCCUCUGUUUAAGUACUUAGGAGGUUGCCGUGUUGGGUGUUAUGUUCAUUAUCCAACUAUCAGCACUGACAUGCUUUCUAUGGUUAGGAGUCAGAAUGCCAGAUUUAACAAUGCAGCCUUCAUUACAAGGAAUCCCCUUCUCAGCAAACUCAAACUUGUCUAUUACUACUUGUUUGCUUUUGUAUAUGGAUUGGUUGGUUCUCGCAGUGAUGUCAUUAUGGUUAAUUCUUCAUGGACCCUAAAUCACAUCCUUUCCCUCUGGAGAGCUGGCGCUUGCACAAGUGUUGUGUAUCCACCUUGUGAUGUUCAGACAUUCCUGGAUAUUCCAUUACAUGAGGAAAAGAGCACCACAGAAUAUUCCAUUGUCUCUCUAGGACAGUUUAGGCCCGAGAAGGACCAUCCUUUGCAAAUCAGAGCCUUUGCUAAAUUCUUGGAAAAGACAGCUCUGGGGCAGCAGUCCUUGCCAAAGCUCAUCCUGAUUGGAGGCUGUCGUAACCAACAAGAUGAGCAGCGUGUAAACAGACUUAAAAAGCUUUGUGAAGAGCUAGGCGUUGACAAAAAGGUGGAGUUCAAAGUAAACAUUCCAUUUGAGGAGCUAAAGCAGUACCUGGCAGAUGCAAUUAUCGGGCUGCACACCAUGUGGAAUGAGCACUUUGGAAUUGGAAUAGUUGAAUGUAUGGCAGCUGGCACAAUUAUUCUGGCUCACAAUUCUGGUGGCCCCAAACUAGAUAUUGUGGUACCCUAUGAAGGACAUAUUACAGGAUUUCUAGCCGAAAAUGAGGACGAUUAUUCUGAGACCAUGGCUCAGAUCCUUUCUUUGUCUCCUGAAAAGAGGCUGAAAAUCAGACAAAAUGCUCGCCAGUCUGUGAACAGAUUUGCUGACCAAGAGUUUGAAGGGGCGUUCCUAUCGUCUGUGGAGCAGUUAUUUAAAUAAAUGUCAUGUUUGUGUACAUGGAUAAAAAUAAUUUUAUACAUAUGUCACUUGUAAAUAUUUUUUCUAAUUUAUGCAAUAAAGAGUCCUAUACAUCUAUUAGGACAUCA